AUGUAUGUUUGCAUUCUGCCGCUGGCCGCAGCUCACUCAAACGAAGCAAAGAAAGUUUCCCAUCCCCGUGUCGGAGUAGAUCUUUCCGAAGAUACUCCGGUUGGUCGGCAUUUGCCGGCAAUGUUAUCAUCAAUGAAGCCGCACGUUCGCGUGCUGAUGUUGGCUGCUUGUUGCACCACCUCGUGGACCUUUAAGUUGACCGAGAGCCCGAUCCAGCUGUCCGACUCCAACAACGAAACCGCCAACAGGAUGAUUGAGGAGGUGGUGUCCGAAAACAUGCAGAGGGACAUGAAUGACAUCAACGGGCUUCCGAACCCUGGGGUCGACAAUAAGAGCGAGAGCAGCGAAGGCUUUGGCGAGCUUGCAAAAAACCUGGAGUUCUUGCUCUUGAAGGUCGCGCAGCUCGAGACGGUGGCCGAGAUGCAUGAGGCAUCGAUCCAAGAACAAGCCAAGGUGAUCCAAGCACAACAAGAGGAGAUUAAUGCCUUGAAGGGCGAAAGUCACAAAGAUGGAGCGGUCUUGCUGGAGAUGCACAAGGACUCCCAGACACGAUUGAAUGAGGCCCAGGACCUGGUGCAGAGAGUGAUGCUGAAGCAGACGCGCCAGCGACAAACGCGCAAUUUCCACGAAGGUCUCCCCUCGGACGAGCCGCACGCAUCGGGUGUUGAGGAACCGGAGGUAAGCUUGGCGGCUGAGAGUGCGUCGUCCUCUGAGGAAGAGUCCGCAAAGUGGCCUUGGAAACACCGCAGAAGAAGAUGGAACCCAGUGCAUAUUGCCAAAAGCAUGGCCGAAACGCUGGCUGACGGCUAUGCUGCCGCAAAGGACAAGGCAAAGUGGGUACGUGAGAAUACCAUCAACACAGUGGAGAAAGCCGUCAAGGUUCUCAGCCAAGGCUUCUCGAAUUUUGGUGCCUCGUGCCCAUACAGAAGACAUCCGAGUAUCACAAGCUUCACUUCUGAGAACCUGAAGAUCGACUUUGGAAGGUUUCAAUGCACAAUCUCGCUGAUAGGGCAGAGCACGGGGUUGUUCGGAUUCAACUUCGGAAGUCGAUCCAUCGCGCUGCCUUCUGCACUAAAGACCGCGGCCACACUCGGUAGUGAGCUCGGGAGCUGCAUGAAGCAAGGGUUCCAACUUUUCCGUUGCAUCAGUGACAAGGCGACAGACAUGAUGUCCUGGGCGUCCGUAAAGAAGAUCGGCGGAUGGAUGCUUAACCCCGCCAAAGGCUUCCCCUCCUUGGCGACCGUGGCCAAACUGGGUGGUGAGCUCGCUAGCUGCACGCAAACAGGCACCGGCAUUCUCAGUUGCCUCAGCGACAAGGCCACCAACGUGAUGUCCUGGGGAUCUGUAGAAAAGAUCGGCGGAUGGGUCAUUAACCCCACGCGUGGCGUGCCCUCCUUGGCAACGGCGGCCACACUGGGUAGUGAGCUUGCGAGCUGCAUGAAGGAAGGGUUCCAACUUUUCCGUUGCAUCAGUGACAAGGCGACAGGCAUGAUGUCCUGGGGAUCUGUAGAAAAGAUCGGCGGAUGGGUCAUCAACCCCACCCAUGGCGUGCCCUCCUUGGCGACCGUGGCCAAACUGGGUGUUGAGCUCGCUAGCUGCACGCAAACAGGCACCGGCAUUCUCAGUUGCCUCAGCGACAAGGCCACCAACGUGAUGUCCUGGGGAUCUGUAGAAAAGAUCGGCGGAUGGGUCAUCAACCCCACCCAUGGCGUGCCAUCCUUGGCGACUGUGGCCAAACUGGGUGGUGAGCUCGCUAGCUGCACGCAAACAGGCACCGGCAUUCUCAGUUGCCUCAGCGACAAGGCCACCAACGUGAUGUCCUGGGGAUCUGUAGACAAGAUCGGCGGAUGGGUCAUCAACCCCACCCAUGGCGUGCCCUCCUUGGCGACAGUGGCCAAACUGGGUGGUGAGCUCGCGAGCUGCACGCAAACUGGGUGGGGUCUUAUGCGUUGCCUCAGCGACAAGACCACCAACGUGAUGUCAUGGAGCUCCGUGAACACGAUCGGAGAUUGGAUCAUCAACCCCGCCCAUGGCGUGCCCUCCUUGGCGACCGUGGCCAAACUGGGUGGUGAGCUCGCGAGCUGCACGCAAACUGGGCCCGGUAUUAUGGGUUGCCUCAGCGACAAGACCACCAACGUGAUGUCAUGGAAAUCCGUGAACACGAUCGGCGGAUGGGUCAUCAACCCCACCCAUGGCGUGCCCUCCUUGGCGACAGUGGCCACACUGGGUGGUGAGCUCGCGAGCUGCACGCAAACUGGGUCGGGUCUCAUGCGUUGCCUGAGCGACAAGACCACUGACAUAAUGUCCUGGGGCUCAGUGGGGAAGAUCGGCAAUUGGGUCAUCAACCCCACCCAUGGCGUGGCCCCUUUAAGCCACCUGAACCGCGUGGGCGACAUCCUUGCCGAUCUCCUUGAGGGCUUCGGGAAGGUUGCGGCCUCGGUGGCAGGCCAGGUCCUGUCGGGCGGCAGCUCCCUCAUCCAAGAGGCCGCCCUCUCAAGGUUCCCGGCUGCCGGGGCUGCACCCGUGGUGCAUCACUCCGGGUCAAGUCUCGUGAUCACCACCCAUGCGCAAGAGCAUCGGCCGAAGAUGUCAACCCUUCAAACGGGGGAGGCCGAUGAUGGCUUCGGCUUUAAGCUCCACAAGGAAGGCGGCCACUACCAGUCCAGAUUGGUCACACAGUUCGAUGGCGACGAAAGGGACACGAGCUCCUGCCUGGCAUUCGCACCGAAGAGCAAGCACGGGGCCAACGGGCAGGCGACCGAGUCGGACUGGCAGGUCCAGAACGAGAACGACUUUGUCGCACUGGAUUCUUGGGCCGUGCCAUGUGGAGCCGCGUGGAUGAAGAAGAACUGGGACAAGUGGCAAGGCUACUCGUUCUACACGGCAGAGGCGGCAAUUGAGAAGUGCGUGACAGUGUCUUUCAGCAUCAGCGUACAGCCUGUGGCUGCCUUUGUGGGCGGCGUGCAGUUCGAAUUGAUGCCUAAGCCGCUGGCAACAGUGGACACGACCGUGUGUUGGCCCACCGGGCGGCCUGACGGCCAGGACUUGAGCCUGCUGCGCUUGCACAUCAAGUCCAGCGGCGUACCGCUCUUGACCAGGUCUAUCCGGCUGACCAAAAGGUAUGGUGAGCCCAGCGACUUCACGGAAGACCAUGUGCAUCAGAGCACCGGAACGUGGAGCCAACCGAGCAAUCCAAGAGAAGCAAUCUCCCGCACGAAGCUUCUCCAGGAAGCUCUGAAUGCCGAGACGCGCCAGGAACAGGCCCACAACCAGUCCGACAAGGCCCGCCAGGGAGUCUCUGAUUGGAUGGAGGAAGAGGAAGACCUGUACCUGGCUUCCGCCAACUAUUCCCAAGACCUGGGUGUCAACUUGACCUCAGAACUGCGUGGAACAGCGGCUGCACGUCGAUUGAGCCUCGCUGCUGCCCAGUCCCAGGGA